GUUCCGAUGCGCUGAAUGUCCGCAAGGAUGAAGACGAAGCGCCGAGGUAAGACUCAUUUGCAGAUACAUUUCCCGGCAACUCCAUUUUGUUCAUUUCAUGAUUGUCGCAUUCACUACAUAUGUUUAAUUCAAAAUGGUUCAUGAUUAGUAUUAUGCGGGAUUAUGACUGUGGCACGACGGUGACCCGACCAACACGAGAGAUGAUCUGACUGGUACCUGACAUGUGACCCGUUCUCCGCGGUGGUUCUAGAUCUUGCGCACGUGGAUCUAUGUACCAUCCCAAGGAGUGUUCUGGGCUCGUACCUGUAUUUAGAAGGGAUGUAUGUAUCUUUGUGCAUAAUUCGAAUUAAACAUGGCUGCAUGCGGUUAUCAUGCCAUUACCUUGCUUGUGUGUAUGUGUGUAUCAGUCAACGCCUCUUGUCUUAACCGCAGAAUUGAGUCUCUUCGGAAAGUCUUGCCAAGAAUGGAAAUAUGCGGAGAAAAAUCUGGUCUCGAUCCGCUGAGAAAAUGUGGCUUGUUAAGCAGUAUGAAGCAUCUAGAAGUGGCAGUGCACCUGGACGGGUCGGUCUUCGCGAAUUGGAAGAGACCCUGACGGAUAUACAUCGGAAACCGAGGAAAGGAAAGGUACGUAUUCGAAGGAUACUUACAUCCUGAC